AUGGCUAGCCCUCCCGUUCUAGCUUUCGACGCCGAGGGCCGUCCGGUGAAGUUCGAAACCUGGCUAGAUGACCUACACCUGUUCCUACAGCUCACGGCCAAGGAGGAUAUUUCUCUGUACGACCAUGCUCUCGGCCACGCUACUGCCCCUCUUACUACUGCUCCCCCCACUGAGCGCUCACAGUGGCAGACCCGUGACGCGCACGCUCGCUUCGCCAUACGCAACUCCCUGCCGCUAGAUGAGCGCGAGCACUUCGGCCAGUGCAAGACUGCUAAGGAACUGUACACCGCUGUCGUUGCCCGCUACUCCUCACCUGCUUCUGCCACGCUAGGCCGCCUCACUCUCCCCUACCUGUUCCCCGACCUGGCCUCCUUUCACACUGUCGCAGACCUCAUCACCCACCUUAAGACUAGUGAGGCCCGCUUUCGCGCUGCCAUGCCUGACGAGUUCCUCGCUAGCAACCCCCCCCCGCUCUGGAUCACUCUCUACCACAUCGUCACUCGCCUCCCUGACUCUCUCCGCGCAGUCAGGGACCACUUCCUCUCUCGCUCCCCCACCGAGCUCACCGUAGCCCUCCUCGAGAAGGAACUGCUUGCAGCUGAGGCCAGUAUCGUCGCUGUAGGCACCUCUCGUGGCGACCCUCGCGGCCCCUUCUUUGAGGGGUGUUCCCCUUCCCCCCUCCUCCCCUCUGUCGCCUCUGCUGCUGCUGUCGACCUCCUUGGUGCUGAGAAGGUCGGGACUGCGUCUGCUUCGGGCGGGCGCCGCAGGAGCAAGGGGGGCAGGGGUGGGGGUGGCGGCGGAGGAGGCGGGGGUGGAGGUGGUGGCGGUGGAGGCGCGACUGGGGAGGCUAGUGGCGGUAGUGGGGGAGGUGACAGCAGCGGUGGGAGUGGUGGCAGGGGCGGAGGCGGCGGCGGAGGCGGAGGUGGUCGUGGCAGCGGCAGGGGUGGAGGUGGCCGGGGCGGAGGCGGAGGAGGUGGUGGUCGUGGAGGCACGGGCGGAGGCCAGAGUCAGCAGCCUUCCCCGACGCUUCAGGCUGCCCGUGAGUGGUAUGCGCAGCGCGGUUUUACCUGCACGUAUGUUAUUCGCACAGGCGACCGCACUGGCCAGACGUGUGGGAGGCCGCACCAGACGCAGCGCUGCUUCGCGCGCCUCAACGACGCGUGGCGCACCCAGUUUCCUGACGCCACUGAGCUGCCGCGCUGGGCUGAUCUGGAAAAGAGGGGUGUUGAUAUCUGGGCUCUAGACUUUGAUGCUAUUCUCACUGCCAUGUAUGCAAUGUCUAUUAGUGGAGAGGGUGCUCAGUACUUGCGUGUUCCGCCCGACCCGGGCAUUCAGGCCAGCCCAGCUGCUGCUCUAGGUGCUAGUGUGUCUGCUCCCACAGGUCCUGCUGCAGCAGCUGCCCUAGGUGCUAGUGCGUCUGUGCCCCCUGGUACUGAGUCGACUGCUGCACUGCACACCUUCACACUGGACUCAGGUGCUUCUCGCUCUUUCUUUCGUGACCGCACUGUCCUUGAGCCACUAGCUCGGCCGCGGUUCCGUCCGGCACGCUCUCAGGUCUCUACCUCCCCUCGUUCUCUACGAACUUGGUGGCGGGCUGUGCUCUGCAGGACGGGGGUGUUCACCAGUUCACCCCUGCCUACGAGUGCGUGA